AUGCUGUGGAAAUUGCUGAUAAGCUCCCAGCCCUGCAGGCUUUGUUCUUUCAGAAAGAUGCUCUCAGCUUCAAAAUACAGACCCUCUUUAGCAUGCUUCACCUAUGCAACUGAUCGUCAGUCAAACAAAGAAAAUAAAAGAACAGUGGAAAAGCUCUAUAAAUUUUCAGUGGAUAUCAGGAAAAUACGCAGAUUAAAAGGAUGGGUACUUUUUGAAGAUGAAACCUAUGUUGAGGAAAUUGCAAAUGUUUUACAACUGCUAGGUGCCAAUGAAGCUGCUAUAGCCAGUAUUUUGGAACACUGCCCAGAAGCAAUUGUCUGCAGUCCAACCACUUUUAACACCCAGAGAGAACUCUGGCAGUUGGUCUGCAAAAACGAGCAAGAGUUAGUCAAAUUAAUAGAACAGUUUCCAGAAUCUUUCUUUACUGUUAAGGACCAGGAAACCCAGAAGCUGAACAUUCAGUUCUUUCAAGAGUUGGGACUCAGAAAUGUGGUCAUUAGCAGAUUUUUGACAACUGCAUCUAGUAUUUUUCAUAAUCCUAUUGAGAAAAAUAAGCAAAUGAUAGGUAUUCUCCAAGAGAGUUAUCUAAAUUUAGGUGGCUCCGAGGCCAACGUGAAAGUUUGGUUACUGAAAUUAUUAAGCCAAAAUCCAUUUAUUUUGCUAAAUUCUUCUGCAGCUAUAAAGGAAACACUAGAAUUUCUCCAGGAGCAAGGUUUCACAAACUCUGAAAUUCUCCAGCUUCUAUCCAAACUGAAAGGAUUUCUUUUUCAACUUUGCCCAGAAAGUAUACAGAACAGCAUUACCUUCUCUAAAAAUGCUUUUAAAUGCACAGAUCGUGACCUGAAGCAAUUAGUUUUGAAAUGUCCUGCCAUUUUAUAUUAUUCUGUUCCAGUUUUGGAAGAGAGAAUUCAGGGAUUACUGAAAGAAGGAAUUUCCAUAGCUCAGAUAAAAGAGACACCAAUGGUGCUUGAAUUAACUCCACAGAUAGUACAGUACAGGAUGAGGAAACUGAAUUCCCUAGGCUAUAGAAUGAAGGAUGGACAUCUAGUAAAUCUAAAUGGAACAAAAGAAGAGUUUGAGGCUAACUUUGGCAAAACUCAGGCCAAAAAAGGAAGGCCAUUAUUUAACCCGGUGGCACCAUUGAAUGUGGAAGAGUAACCUGAGGACUGCUGCUGCAUUCUAGCAUUGCAGGGUGAAGCUGAGGGGCAAAGACUUAAGUGAGUCAGGCAGUUUAUAGGCUCUAGUACUUUUAAGAAGCUGCGUAGCUUAUGAGCUCCAAGUUACCUCUGAGUAGAUAAUCUCGGACUCAUUUGCUAUAUUUUAAACUAUAAACUGCAUUUAUUUUAAAUAAAGUUGGUAAUUUUUACCUUGAA